AUGGCGUCCAAAGAACUGGCCGAAGUCUACGGUGGACCUCAUGAGGCUCCUCACUCGUUAUUUGCCACAAUCGAAGAUGGCUGGAAGAACAAUCUGAAUGAAAUUGCAGUGAUCUCCACGCAUCAGCCGCAUGAUCUGUUCUCAGGUCUCGUUCAAGACUGCCACGCAACGAACGGGCGCUCCAAUAGUGACGAAAGUCUGGCAUGGACCUACGCCCAGCUCCACCGAGCCGCUCUGAAGUUUGCCGCUGGACUUCGAGCACAUGGCGUUGAACCGGGGAUGCGAAUCGCUACAAUAUGUCCGAACGGCGUCCAAUUCCCACUCGCUUUGUGGACCUGCAUGAUAAUGAGACUUACGCUAUGUCCUUUAGAUCCAGGCGCCGUGAGUCGGGCAAGAGAAGAAGAACUAGCCAAGUACAUGUCCUUGAUUCAACCGGAUGCCGUUCUCGUUAUGGAUGAGAGAGCAACAGCAGCUGUUGAUGUCGCGCUCAGCAAGGAACCCAAAGUCAAAAUCGUCCUAGACCCGGGUUUCAAGCCGGAGAGUAGCUCCAGAUGGACUUCUCUCCUCCAGCUUGCGACCUCAGCCACUUUCUCUCCAGCAGACGAGGAGUCAUUGCUGAACUCCGCUCGGAACGAAGACUCUCCUACACGUCUUGCCUCGAUUCUCUUCACCUCCGGCACUUCGAGCGGUAAUCCCAAGGGCUGUCCCCGCUCUGUUGCCAGUACAACCCAUCACCUAACUUCUCAAAUCUACGGCAACAUGACUGCUUCGGGCCGCAUACUCAUCGCCAGCAUGAACUUUCGAGGCAUCGCCAUGUCCUUGACAAUGCACUCCCUCAGACUUGGCGCAGCAAUUGUCAUUGCAGAUCCUUCUGCCGGAAUAGCAGGACAGAUCGAAGCGAUUCGAAGACACAAAGUCACAUAUGCAUUCUUCGUACCGGCACAAUUGCACACUAUGAUUGCACAUCCUGAUUUCAGAACCUCGGACGUGAGCUCUAUUGAAUCCGCGGGUAUUGGCGGAGACAUAGUGACGAGAGAUCUCCUCGAAAAGGCUCGAAUGGCUUUCCCACAUACGCUUGUGACAAAUAGUGCGGGCAUGACAGAGGUGAGUCUCUCAAUUGACAGAAACCGCUUCUAUGCUCGCUAACUUUCAUACUUCCAGGGAGGAGGCAUCAUCUCCUGGCCUUUCGGCAACACCCCAGUGUCCCAACUCCCGCUCCAGGGCGAAAUUGUGCCCCUUGGCACCGCAACCCACGGCGCGCGCCUGCGUAUCCGUGACCCAGAAACAGGCCAAACAAAUCACCGGGACGAGCCAGGAGAAUUCUGCAUCUCAUGCGAGGGUAUCAUAGAACACUACCUCGACAAUGUCCAACCUGAAGCUUUCUUCACGGACUGCCAGGGUCAUAGAUUCUUCCGGACGGGGGACCUAGCCGUAAUAGAUGAAGACGACGUCGUGACUAUUAUAGGUCGAAUUAAGGAUGUGGUGAAGAGGGCCGGGGUACCGCUAGCUCCAGCUGCGAUCGAGAGUUGUAUUCAGAAUUUCACUGGAGCCCAGGUUUCCGUGGUGGCAUGGCCGCAUGUUACGCUCGGAGCAGAGCCGAUGGCGAUUCUCGAUGGCAUGCAUGGAAAGACACAGGACGAGAUCAAACAGGAAGUGCUUAGCAGGUUUGGCGAGGCUUAUACGAUGGGACCGAUUGUCACGUUGAAGCAAUUGGGGUUGGAAGAGUUUCCAUCCAAUGCUACUGGCAAGAUCAUGAAGUUUGAACUAUUGAACAAAGCGAAGGAGGUAUACAGCAGCAAGUAG